GGUUUGCAAUUCUAGAAGAAAAUGGCGGAAGGUGGAGAAUCGACGGUCCCAAAUGUUGAGGAACAAAAAUCUUUUAUAUCAAACCAGAUCCAAAGACCCCUGAUUAAAGGGGAAAUAUGGUACAUACUGGAUGUGAAAUGGUUCAAGCAGUGGAAAAGCUAUGUAGGUUACGACAGCUGGGACAACUACAAUGUUGGAGAUGACUCUGCCAACCCUGGACACAUAGACAACACGCCGCUGUUUGAAGAGGGCAGCACAAAGAUGAAGGAGCACCUUAUUGAUGACCUUGAUUACACGCUGGUGCCUGCUGAAGCCUGGGAAAAGCUUGUCGCUUGGUACACUCUCUUCGAAAACCAGGAGCCUUUGCCAAGAAAAGUGAUCGAAGAAGGUGUCUACAGUAAAUCUUUGAAAGUAGAAGUUUAUCCAUGGAAUCUGAAGAUUUGUGAAAAUUCCAAAACAGAAGAACAAAUAAUCAAAGAAUUCAGUCGCUCCGACACAAUAGAGCAACUGGAGAAGACCAUGCGGCAGGAGUUUAACAUCAACGAAGACAAGGAGGUUCGCCUGUGGAACCGCUACAUGACAAAUAUGUAUGAGCCUCUUAACAAGAAGGAAAACACACUCCAGGAUGCGGGGCUGUACUCUGGACAGGUUGUUGUUAUUGAGCUCAAAAACGAUGAUGGAACUUGGCCUAGACAGACUCCAAAGAGUUCCUCAUAUGGCAGCACCUCCACGUCUACGAGUACAUCCGUGUCAACCAGGUCAGGAAAUACCUACGGUGGUGACAGUAAUGAGGGAGGGGGCUUCUACAAUCGACAACAGAAGAGUGUCACCCCAGGGCUGUGUGGGCUCUCCAACAUAGGAAACACUUGCUUCAUGAACUCAGCAUUACAGUGUAUGAGUAAUGUACCACACCUAACUGAGUAUUUCCGCUCGGGAAAGUGGGCCAACGAGGUUAAUGAGGAUAAUCCUCUUGGUAUGCAUGGGGAGAUAGCCCGCUCUUACGCCGAGCUCAUCGACACUAUAUGGUCUGGCAACAAUAGUUUCACAGUGCCUAGGAAUUUCAAGUAUGCAGUGGGUAGGUUUGCGCCCCAGUUCUCCGGCUACCAGCAACAGGACUCCCAGGAACUGAUGGCCUUCCUCCUGGAUGGGCUGCAUGAAGACCUCAACCGUAUCAAGAAGAAGCCUUAUGUCGAGCUCAAUGAUGCAGAGAAUAGGCCCGAUGAGGUUGUGGCACAGGAGGCUUGGGAUAACUACCUGAAGCGUAACGAUUCCAUCAUCACAGACCUUUUUCACGGCCUCCUCAAGUCAACCGUGCAGUGUCCGGAGUGCUCCAAGAUCUCUGUGACCUUCGACCCCUUCUGCUACCUCUCGUUGCCCCUCCCUGUCAAGAAAGAACGACAGCUAGAGGUGUUCUGGGUACCCCUAGACCCACGGAAAAAACCUGAACAGUUCAAGUUGACAGUGGCAAAGAUGGGGUUUGUCCAUGAUAUGUGUGCCGCUCUCUCUCAACAUGUCAAUGUGGACAAACAGUUUAUGGUGGUUACGGAUGUGUACAACCACCGCUUCCACAAGAUAUUUGGAAUGAAUGAAUCCUUGAGUCAAAUUAUGGACCGGGACGACAUCUUCAUCUACGAGGUACCAAACAACACCCAUGAUGACAGUGAGAUGGUUGUCCUGCCUGUCUACAUGAGGGAAGAAAGGACAAAGGGCUCGUACAACUCUGGGUACAGCACAUUCCAGCUGUUCAGCCAGCCCAUCCUGGUACCAGUACCUAGACACAACUGUACAUAUGAGGAGCUCUAUAACAGGGUCCUCACUAGGCUUGCGCGGUUUGUGAAUUUGCCAAGCCUGGAGGAACGCUGGUGGGAGACAGAGAAUGGGGAGGAGUUGAGCUCCGAAGAGGUGGAAGAUAACAACUCCGCCACUGUAGACAACCAGGCUUAUUCUGGCACAUGCAAUGGAACUUCAUUGAAGGACUCCUCCGAUGACUCAGGUAUGGAGAUAAGUAACGGAGAGAGCACAACCAGCGAGGACACCCAGGAUAGCGACAUCUCUAGCAAGGUGCCCGCCGUCUUCACGGAGCAGAAUGUGGAGACAGUAGCUCCCAAGGUGAAACAGCCACCGAAGAUGUUCAGGUUCUCUGUGGUGAACUCCUACGGCACAGCAGAAAUGGAGUAUAAACUGAAAGAUGAUGGACGACCUCUUAAACUGAGCAGUCGUAUGUACAUUUCGCUGGACUGGCACCCGCAGGCAAAGGAGAAGUUCUAUGUUGACUCAGAGGCGGAGUCGUUUGAAGUUCAUGAUACCAUGCGUAACAAGCCACAGAAGAAGCAGGUGAUACAGCUUGGAGACUGCCUUGAACUGUUCACCACUACAGAAGAGCUGGGAGAACAUGACCCAUGGUACUGCCCACAAUGUAAGAAGCACCAGCAGGCUACGAAGAAGUUUGAUCUUUGGUCCCUGCCCGACACCCUAAUAAUUCACUUGAAACGCUUCUCCUACAACCGUUACUGGAGAGACAAGAUUGACGCUCUUGUAGAGUUUCCUGCCAGGGACCAUGACCUGAACAAGUAUGUGAUAGAUCCAAGCAACAAGGUGCCGUAUGUGUAUGACUUGAUUGGGGUUGUCAACCACUAUGGCGGGCUUGGAGGAGGACAUUACACAGCUUACUGCCAGAACCAUGUUGAAAACAAGUGGUACUACUUUGAUGACUCCAGUGUCUCUGAGGCCAGUGCAGAGGCUACAGUGUCAAAAGCUGCAUACGUAUUAGUGUACCAGAAGCGAGGAACCCUGCCCGCCCGAUCGGGACCUGCUCCCACGGCAACUGUUACCAGCGACAACGAUAAGGCCUCUGAAGAAAUGGACUGCAAUUGAUGAUCGCUCCAUUCUAGCUAGCAUUUAUUUAUUAAAUAUGUAUAUUUGUACAAACUGUACCCGGGUACUUUGUGAUAAGAAAAGAGUUGGCCAUGGAAAUAUGUAAAAACUGUAUUCAGAGCUGAUGUUAUAUACUUAAGCCUUAUCUCUGGCCUUUCAGAAAGAAAGUAAGAAUGGCAAUGUGGUGUUUAUUAAAAAAAAAGAAGGUAACUAAGAGUGUGAAUCAUUUUGAACAUAUCAAAUGUAUAUCACUUCAUUGAUUAUGAUUUAUUUUGCUAUGGAGUUGAAUGAAGAUGAUGUCAGCAGUCCAGUUUCGUCAAAGAACAUGGCCUACAAAAAUGUUGAGUGAAGAUUGAUUGAUGUACAUAAUUGCUAUUUGAGCUGGUCUUAAUAAACAUUUAAAUUGCUUUACAAACUAUUAUUUUGAGCUUAAUUGAUUUGUUGCUGACCCCUGACAAUGGAUGCUUUCUGUCAGAUUAACAAGUGAAUCCUUACACCAUACAGUGUUUUCAAUUUAUUCAAAAUAGUUUGGGUUGUAAGUAAAGUGCAUGAACAUCUUGUAAUAUAGAGCAAUUGUUCUAUACAUGUACUAUGUUAAACACUACUAACCAGCUUCCGAGAACAUUGCUUUAACAUAACAAUGCAUUUAAAGCUUGUCAUUUUGUCAAAUAAAAAGGUAAGAUGUUGUCUUAGCCUUGUUGGUGCUGGUGUGCAAAAGCGUUAACCUUGACCAUAACUCAUGAAACCGUUCAAGGUAUUCAAUUGGAACUCAGAUAACAUGUUGCCAGAGCCAAUAUGCACAAGUAUAGCAAGGUCCAUAAUCCUAGGUUUAGUAAUUGGCAAAUCAUUGAUUGAUUAAAAAAACCCACAAGCAUUGGGGUUCGCUCUGAUGGGCUAUUGUCUUCAAUAAUCAUACAGCAUUAGUUACGGUGUUACUCGUAGCAGACAAAUAUGAUAUGUACAUAACUCAUGUUGGAAAAUGAUGGUUCUGUCAACACCUAUAUUUGCAACGUGCUUCAUUUUCAAGAGUGUUGACAAUCUGUGAACCGCUAGUUUUUUUAUGUUAAUUUGUAAAGAGUGGCUUUCCAAAGUAAAACACUAACACGUAGGAAAAAUGCAGAAAAGAAAGAUGUUCUUAUUAUGUUCUUUGUUGACAGAUGAAAUAAAUAGCAAGUUUGGUACAUUUUUUAUUAACAACGGUAUUAAAAGUAGAAAAUGCAAGUUCACAUGUACAUUGUAGACAUGUUUUUUUUAUAUAUAUUGAAAAUUACCAUAAGGUAAAUAUAUAUGUUUAAUAUUUUUAUGAUGAGAGUCACAUCUUCGACUGAUGACUUCUCAUGAAGAUUGUUUUUCGAUCACCUUUUUGAGCACUAAGUGCUUUUAUUAUAAUGUGAGAGUGACUAUUCUGUGUAACAAGGAAGUGUUGAUUUGAAACCAAUUAUAUAGUGCUAUGAUUAUGAUAUUAGAUGAUGAGCAAAAAGUGAUACAUGUAUAAACAAUGAAUUGUCCACUGACUGGAUUAAAGGACGAACUUGGCAAUGGGCCAAUUGUUCAGAACUUUGUUAAAGUAAUGUGAUAAAUGACAUCAUCGUUGACUUUUAAACGUGAACAAUUUUAUGAUAUGCUCAAAGAUUAAAAUAAAACGAGGACAGUAAAAGAGUGGUCUUAAAUCUUGUUGGAAAUACUGCAGAUCACUAGUGUAUCCAUUCAACUUUCAGAGCAGUAAAGAUUUGAAAGUGAAUAACACUGACAAUAACAACAUUUUUUUUCUUUUUUUUUUAACAAAUUUUUGAACGAUUGGCCCAUUGAAUUGCUUCUACAUGUAUCUCUUCAUGUACAUUUAAACAAAUCUUCAUUUUACAAAUUAUAUUGUUAUGUUUGCAAGCAAAUUGAAGGGGUCUUUAAUUUCAGAAUUAAUCCUCAAGUCAGGAUGAAGAGCGUUUAACUUUAGUCUAUAGUACAGUUGUAAUUUGUUAAACAAUAAUAAUUUGUUAUUUGCUCUGACAUUUGCAUCAUACAUGGUAGUAAGUACUUUGAAAGGACUAUGGAUGAUAAUGGAAACAAUUUCAAAAUGGGUCUUAGCCACUUGACCCUGCUUUGGGCAUGAAUCCCUCAUACUCAAACUGACCCUCGGCCAUUUUUCAGGAUGUACAAUAAGCCCUGAUUUUUUCAAGUAAUUAUUCAGAGUACUUGAAAUAAUCUCUUCUCUAGUUCAAAUGCAGUAUGCAACCUCUUCUUAAUACUUAUACAGGUUAAAGAGCAAUUGCUAUCUUUCAUUAAUUUGUAAUUUUUUUAUUUUUCUAUUACUAUAUCUACCCUGGCUAAAGCUUUUACCGUGGUUACGGGCUCUACAUUCUUAAGUGCUAAACAGACAUUGGUAGAAAGUACCUUGAUAUUAUGGAUUGUUUAAUAAUGUUUUCUGAAAAUUGUCCUUUGUUGGGUUAUGAAACUCUGCGUUUGCAUUGCCUUGCAUUGUGACUGGUAGCCUCUGUGAUAUUUUUGUAUAGUUUGUAUGAAUGAUGUUUAAUUUGUCAAAUAAAUCAAUGCCUUUUUUUUUGAAAUAAGAAAAUGUUGGCUAGAAAGACAAAGAUACAUGUACGUUAAAAAUUCAGACAGUUUUAAGGAAGCCACUUUGUUUUCUGCUUCCUAAAGGUACCCAUUAUCCAGAAAUGAUUUGAAAUCAUUGAACUGUUCACCUUUAUUGUUAUCUCGGUUUUUACCGGGGUAUAUGAAUCUUAAUUUUUGAGAUAUGCUCGGACUCCAUAGGGCAAAUGCUUUUUUUGUCACUGCCUAGCGCAAUUCUUAUCUAAAUAAACCCUGGAUAAAAAUUUAAACACAUGCAUACUCAUCUUUUUUACAAUAUUUUUACUGACGUAACGUUCAAAACCCUGUCAUUUGUUGGUUACUAGCAGGCUGUGUUUCUUGGUAAAUGUCUCUCAAAGGAGUUUCAUUUCAGAGAACUGUGUUCAGUGCAUUUGUGGCUUUUAGUUAAGAAAAAAAAAACAAUUUUGUUUAAGAUCAAUGAUAUGUUUAACAUGUACAUUUACAAUGAUGUGUGUAUAUGAAUGGUGCAUCUUAUUCCAUUACAAGCUUACAUAACAUGUAAAAUGAUUGCAGUUUUUUUCCAAAUAGUAUACAGUUUACUUUCUUUAUUGUUCAAUUUUGUUUGAUACCUUUUGUAGAGUUGUGUGCAGGUUUAGUGUGUGUAUACGUUAGACUUAUGUUCCAAAAGAAAACAACUCAUUCAAUAAUUCUUUAUUCAUUUCACAGACUUGUAUAUAAUGCAAAUUAUUUAAGAUUGUGUAUGAUGUAUAGGAUUUUCCUCAUUUGAAUUGCAUGCAAAAUGACAAUAUGAACACAUGUUCAUAUUUGAGAAGUGUUCAUGUCUUGGUGGAGUCUUGAUACUGCUCUGAUAAGAGAAUAGCGUAGGACUGGAUUUGCCAACAAGCCUUGCAGUUAUCUGCAAGGUUUGUGUAAAAGAUAACAGUGUUGAUGAAAGUGAAUUUAAGAAAUUAAUUUGAUUAUUUCCUUAGGAAAUUUUGUAUAUAUACUGAUAAGAUGGAGUUUUUCAAUUCUGUUAGUUUUUUUGUACCUGGCCCCAUUUCUCAAAAAAUUGUAAGAGGCUUAAGUAUCUGAUUUUAUUUAGCUAAAUUUCAUACUUACUCAAACUUAUUUUUUGGAAACCAGCAAAAAAGUUUUCCUUUAAUGUCUCAAAACUGUUGACAGGAUGAGUAUUUCACAAUAUUAUACUAACACGAAAAAUAGUGUGCUUUGCUUGAUCCUGUAAUAAAGAGACUUCAGAUUGUUCGGGGGGAAAUAGGGGCCUGGUGUACAUGUUUAUUGUUGUUUGUGUGAGAGCUGACUGUCCAGCUCUGUUCUCAUGUCCUAUUGUACACUCUUUAUUUAUUGUUAUCUUCAUGUUAAUAUCAAUAAAACAAAACCAAAACAUU